AUGCAAUAUAAUCGAGGCACAAGAAAGGGGACAAGGUUGGCUGGUAAAAGUAUUGAUGGAUAUAGACCUAGCCAGCUGUGUGUACCAACAAAUGUGAUUUUCGACAGAAGAUCGAAGAGUUUUAUUAUCAGUGACUAUCACAAUCGACGAGUUUUGCGAUUGCCCCCUGGAAAAUCCAAAUGUGUACAGACGAUCAUUGACAACGUUGAGUGUUAUGGAUUAGCUAUUGACGAUGAAGGAGCUCUCUAUGUUUCUGAUACAAGACUACAUGAAGUUAGACGGUAUCGAGCAGGAAGUCACUAUGGAACAGUCGUAGCAGGUGGUAAUGGGCAAGGUUCCCAUCUAGAUCAACUGAAUCAUCCGACAUACAUUUUCGUCGGACAAGAUCAAACUGUGUAUGUAUCGGACUCGUGGAAUGAUCGUGUGAUGCAAUGGAAAAAAAAUGCGGAAAAAGGCCAUAUCAUGGCUGGUGGUAAGGGCAAAGGAAAUGAUCGAACACAAUUGAAUUAUCCUACAGGACUGUUCGUCGAUAGAUUCGAGGCAGUCUAUGUAGCUGAUUAUUGGAACCAUCGAGUGAUGCGUUGGUACAAAGAUGCGCCACAAGGAAGUGUUAUUGCUGGUGGAUAUGGUUCGGGAGACUAUGCAAACCAGUUGAAUUGUCCCGAAGGCUUAGCAUUCGAUCGAAAUGGCAAUCUUUAUGUAGCAGAUUCUAACAAUCAUCGCAUCCAACGAUUUAAUAUUCAGAACAUUAGAUAUUGUUAG